AUGGAAAACAAAAUAUCGUUUUUUCGCGAGUAUGAUAACGUCAAGGAGAAAGUAGAACUGAUAAGACGGUACCUGGACCAGGAUGACGAUAACGAAGUGAUAAGAAAUUUCACCCCCAUUUUGGAAAAUUUAAAUUAUUUAAACAAUUGCCUGAAUAGCUAUAGGGAAGCCAAAACGGUGUUGGACCCGCACCUGCCUCUGCUGGUGGAGCAAUUUCUAAAUUUUCUAAAAAAAAGCUUCACCCGGUUGACAAGGAUUCUAUCCCAUUUUAAGAAACAGUUGGGGGGAGCAAAUGGAGGUGGUUACCAGAUAAGCAAGGUAGCUUCUCGCGAAACAGGACUUUCAAGUGAUGUGGAGGAUAGCCAAGGGGGGGUGAAUCAAACGGGUCUCAGUAGCAAUGGUGAGGAAAAGACGCACAUUGAGUUAAACGGAGAAGUAGAAAAUGGCCACGGAAUGCACGCCGAAAGAGAAGAAAAGGGAGAGAGUAACAAAAUUUUAGACGACACAAAGACGGAGGAAGAAACCCACCUGAAGAUGUACACGGUGAUAGAGGAAGUAUACAAAUACUACAACACACUAAUAUCCGUAAGGGGGGAAAAAAAAAUUAAAACUUUCUUUCCAUGUGACUCAUUCUGCUUAAGCAGCAUAGUGGACUUGUUGCUCAAACUGAAGGAAGAGGAACUCGUUUUUAACCAGUUCACGAACAUUAAGUCUAAUACGAUGGAUGAUGGGAACAACGCGUGGGUAAUUUUGUACAUCCUACUUAUUUGGCUGUCGUUCUGCAUGUAUAUCCCGUUUAAGCUACUGUCUGUGAGGGGCAAUAUGCUAGGGAACAUUGAGGAAAUAUUUUACUACUACGUGGGGAAGAACGACAAAGCGAAGGAAGCCUGUUCUAUAUUGUAUGCGCAGUUUCUAAGGAGGGACGAUGUAUAUCAGGAGAAAGUUUACUUCACCAAUUUUAUCCUUUUUUCCAAAGAACUUAUGAUAAAAUUGGUACAAAUAAACUCCUUGGCUGAGAAAAAAACACAACUGGAGGAUGACUUCUUCCUUGUGACCAGUGCAAACAUUGCUUCCCCCAACUGUUGCGUUAAAUUCAGCAAUAUAGUUUUAUGCGGAAUUUUACUAACUCAUAAGAGGUUGCUGAAAAGGGGUGAGAAAAGACUGUUAAAAAAUUACGCCAAUUUUUAUAAUUUUUUUUUUAUUCAAAAUCAUGUCCACUUGGACUUUACGCAGAUGUCCAAGUCGUUGAAGAUUCUUUGCCUCGGUUAUUACGCCUUGUUAUUUUUGGAGAAAAAUGCGGAAAUAUCGUUGCCAAGGGGGGACACAACUAAUAAUGGAGAGGCUGCUAAUAAUAAUGGGGUGCGGCGGACGCCCCCGCGUGAUAUCGCCCCUAGCGAGCCUCUCCACUCCAACCUGUUCGACAAAUUCCCUCUCUUUUUAAACAUCAACGAGGUUUUCACCAUGUACCAAAAGGAGACAAAAGAAGGGUGGAAUCCACAACCAAAACGACAUGAAGAAGUGCUUCCCACAAAUGCACAGAAAAAAUACACCUGCGAAAAGGACAUCCUACAAAUAUUGAACUUGCUGAUGUACUAUUUUAACGACAGUAGUACCUACAUUCGGUGGUGCCUUUCCAAAAGUUUUGGAAACAUAUUAUCCCAUCUGAGCAUGGAAAACGUUCGUGUGAUAAUAGCAAAAUUUAACGAGCUAGCCAAAUAUAAGGAUUACAACAUUUGGUGCACCAUUAAUUACACCUUAUUUCAUUACCUCUUUGGAAAGACAAGUAUCAGCACAGAGAUUGUUAACUUCCUUCUUCGGAAAAUUGUAGAAAGUUUGUACACGAAUAAGGAUAAAAUUUUUGCGAGCACGUUUGUUCUGUUGUAUAGUCUAUUGAAGUACAAUAAGUUUAUUCAAAUUCGUUAUGAGCAGAAUGAGAAGGGGAUCCACUUUUUUUUCUUCCACUUAAUAUUUACCAAGUUGAUAGUUCUGUCUUUAUUCGAGGAUAAUAUCAACUUGAGGAAGUCCGCCAUGUCGCUUCUGCAAAUAUUUAUUGGGAAGUUUAACUUCUUUUACCAAUUUGAUGGGUCCCCAUUGGGUGGUAACUCGGCGGACGGUUCCCCCCACAAUAGGGAGAUAUUCUUCAACGAUAUCGUGCACUUUGUGAGUUUGUUUUUUAGCAGCGAUGCUGUAAGUGCGUACUAUGAGGGGCUGCAGAAGGGGCAGCUGGGAGGCGCAAGACAGCAGGAUAGCGCUUUAGCAGAGGAAGAAAGUAGCGCACCGAAGGAAGGUGGUUUCCCAGAGGACGAAACCCAUCUUCUGGGUACCAGGAAACUCCUGGAGGGAUGCAAAAAGGAAAUUUUCAAUUUCAACAUUGAUAUCCUGUCGACGUGCAACUUCAGCGAGCUCAUCAAUUUGAAAAAGUCCAUCAUCAUAAAAACGAAGGAUGUAUGCAAGUUCGUUUUGUACAAAUACCCAGUCAUUUUCCACUUAUAUUCCUUUAAGCUGUUUCACGAAAAUGUGAACACGAGAUUGCUGGCAGCGGAAUCGCUAGCUAAUCUGUCCACCCAUAAUGGAGAGUACUUCAUAAAAGUGGUUCUUCCCUUCUUGGUGAAAAAGAGCUACGAAGAAAAUGUAUGGAUAAAACAUGGCUCCAUCACAUGCAUUUCCAAAAUAUUGUUAAAGUUGGAAGAACAUAUCGAUGAAAAUUUACAAAACGAAAUAAAAAAAAUUAUCCUUUUUAAUGAAAAAAAAAGAAUAUAUAAAGUAAAGAAGGGAGAAAUUUUAAGGCAUUCCAUAUGUCUACUCAUACAAAGUAUAUGCCAAUGUGAUUACUUUUUGGUGAAGGAGAAGACACACUCCUUCUUUCUCGAUGUUUUACAAAAUAAUUUGUUCCAUUACAAUGAAAUUAUACAAUAUGAAGCGUCCAAAAUAUUCUUUUACAUGCCCAUAUAUCUGUUAAAAAGGGACAAGGCCAUUCAUUACCUGUACAAUAAUGUUCUUUUGAAAAUUGUAAAGGAGAAGGAUAAUUUCCUCCAUUUGAAAGGUUACUUCAUUCUCCUUUUAUUCGUUAGCGAAGAGAUCAUUCCCGACGUUUCUUCCGACUUGUUUAAACUUUUUUACUAUGUCUUAAAGAAGUGUUCCUCCCAUUACAGGAUAAAAAAUGCUCUGCUGAAGGAGGAUUAUCAGAUGAGCUCCUCACCUGUUCCCACGAUGGACGAACUGGAUGUAAAAAAUAACAACCCCAUCCAGAAUGAUGCUUUUUUUUUUAAAAAAAUCAACUUUGAGUCAUACCCCAUUGAUUUUAACAUGAAGAUAUUUUGCCUCCUCGCUUUGUUUAACGUGGUGGACAAAUUGAGGAGAAGGUACAUCUCCCAGUUUUUGCUCCUUUAUGAGGAAUUCACUACCAUCUUUAGGGGUCUCAUUAGAUCUAAAAAGGGGAGAAGUACAAAAAAUAAUGCCCCCCUUAACAGCUCCGAAAGUAGCAUCAGGCGCAGCAUAAACAUUCCCAGUGAAGGGUCUGAUGGAGAAUCCUGUACGCAUGAAAGUCCCCACAUUGGCACUUGUACAAAUGAAUACUCUAACGAGGAACAUGACGGUAAAGCCACGACUACGGGAAAGAAGUGGCCUUCCUUCGGGGACAACUCAACCAUCGGAAGUGAUCGCGAAGUAGAAUCCACAAAAUUGAAGAAUAAAUGUGACGCAAAGGUGGAAGUAAAUAAUAUGGCAGUGCAAAAGGGAAGGGGAAAACGAAGGAACACCUCCUUUUACAUGAAGCGAAAAGUCAAACUUGUUAAGAAGAACAUCACCUGGGAGGAGGUUAUAGAGGAAGGGAAAAAACAGAACAAGGACGUUUUUCCCUUCACAUUAGACAUUAACAAAAUAGCAAAAAUAUUGAUCCUCUACUUGCAGGAAUAUGUGUACGAAAGUGACAUAGGCGAUUCGCACGUCUUCGUUAGGGAGAUAUGUCUGGGUCUGACCGCGUUCCUCUUAACGUCAUACCCGCUGUACUUUUUUAAGAGGAGUGGUAAUAUCGUGCAGAGGGGGAGGCAGACUGCACCAAAGGGAAGAGCUAAGGUAGGCGUGGAACCACAGCAAACGGGUGUGAACAAUGAACUAACCACAGCUGUAGGAACAAACGGGGAGAACAACACGGAGGAAGAACCCACACAGAAUUACUUCUACGAGCGGUUCAACUCGGAUGACAGUGGGGAAGACCAAAGCAGCAAUGAGGAGGAAAGUCAAAAGGAAGAGCAGAAGAGGGAGGUGAACACCCACGCAGAGGUUGGGGAGGACCAAGCUGUCCUUAUGUACGUCCUCUUUGAAGUUAAAAAAAAAUACAUAAACAUACUAACCCAGUUGAUGCUAAAAUUAUUGUGUGAAAAAAAUAUCAGGACAAAUAAAAUGUGCUUAUUCCUUUUGAAUUACCUGUACAAUUAUGCCACUUUUAAUUCAUGUGGAGAAAUGGAGACGUUCGAAUUUUCCAACGUUUUCAACAAAUACUGCCAUGACUUCCCAUACGAACUUUACCUUAAAAAGAAAAUGGACGACAAUGUUAGAAAAAGUAAGCGUAACAUUUAUCAGUACUUGAAAACAUCCUCGACGAAUAUUUACAACAUCUUUAAUGAUGUAACGGUCCAUUUGUGUGAUUAUUACGAGCCUAUAUAUUUGCAGAACAAUGGGGGAGCUACGAAUGUGAGUUAUGCCAAUCGUUCGAAUGGACAGAGGAUGGGAAACUCCCACGGGGGAAGCAUGAACAAUCCCUGCACUUGCAAAUACGAAGAAGAAAUCACCACUCUGUUCCUGAACCGGCCGUACAAGUACAAGCUCAUCAAGACUGUUUUUAAUAAAAUUAAUAAUUUCAUUUAUUUGUACAACUACGCUUUGAAGUACACGAGCUUUUCCAUUUUUCACAAGAACAAGUUCGCUUCUACGAGGAAGGGCCGCAUGCGUGGACAAGCCUGUUCAGGCAACCCCAGUGGGCACAACCCCCUUGUAAGCACCACCCCAAAUGGUUCUUCCCCCCGGGGAGACCUCCAAUUCGAGAACAUCCUUAUCAACAACGACUUCGUAGACGACAUAAACCUAAGCGAAAGUGAAGAAAAGGUAUCCAUCGAGGAGGAGAAUUUAAUAAAAGACGUCCAUUUUUUGCUAGAUAAAACGAAAAAAAAUAUCAGCGUAAUUAAGUGCUUGGAGUAUAGCGAAACGUACCUGUACAGUCACAUUUUUUACCUGCUUUUUUUAAAUAAAUAUAAUUACUACCUGAUCAGCGGUUUCUUUAACACCCUGUGUUACUACACCUCGCACACCGAGUAUAGCAAUUAUGCCUACACCAAUGUGAUGAAGACGGGAAGGGAAAAGUCUAUUGAAUUUUUAUUUUUCGAUUUCCUCGUCCGAUACAAAGAUGUAUACACCUUUGGCUAUAUACGGGACGACGUCCUCUUUCUGUAUAUUAGGUACUACAGGAAGUUUUAUAUGGGCUGCGACUACACAGAGGUCGGUGAGAUAAUCCGUGCGUUCAACGAGGGGAGGGCUGCACGCAGAAGAAACAAUGCGGGUGGUGACAACAAGUGUAAGAAUAACAAUCACGAUAUGGAUACUGAUAAACAUAAAGAUGGUGGUACGCGGGAAGACAUCGUUGCUAACAGAGUGCAGGCCACCGGGGAACCCCCAUUUGCCCUCCACCUGCACAACAUCAACUUAGGCGAAAUACUCUCACUCGAAAAAAGAGAAGACCAGUUUGACUUUUUAAAAAAAAUAUUUUACAACUAUAACAUAUUCUUCGACAGAAAUGCAAAUAAACAAAUAAAACAAAAGUAUCAAGACAAAAUUGAAUUAUUAGAAUAUGUCAACAUUUGUUUAAUUAAAAUUUUAUACUACUUGAAUAAUUUCAACUUAAUACAACUGGAGACAUUUUUAAAAAGUGUUAAUUUUUUUGUGAAGUUUUCCCUGAUGAAUAAUUUUGCGGCCUUUUGUUUUUUAAACUUCUUCCUUUCCACCUUCGAAAAAUACGGAACCUUUGCGCUCGUUCGAACGAUUUCCGAGCUGACAAUAAAUAUUUUCAUGUGUGCAACUCUGCACUUAAAUGUUAAGCGGCUGGCCUUCUUCCUGGUCCUGCACAUGCUCCUGCAUAGAUAUCCCAAGAUACGGGAAUUCACCAACGAGUACCUCUACGCGAACGUUAAUUUUAUUUCCCCAGAUGAGGUAAGCAAUUACCUAUUUAACAGAUACGAAGAUUUAGAAGAAGUAAUUUCCAUUCUGAUCAGCACACAAUUUUCUGAAGCGCUUAAGGAUGGCAAACUUGCAACCCCAAUAAAGGAAGCGGUUAGGCGAAUUUCCCAUCUCGUUCGGAUUCCCCUGAUUAUAUGA